GAGAAGCCUCCACUGAUCUACCUGAUACCUGAGGAACACAUUGACCUGACGGCUGCUUCUGCCUACCUUUAUUACAUUUCAUCAUCAUGAAGAAUCUUCUGAUCCUUUCUGUUAUCCUUUGUGCUGCACUUUCAAUCAGAGCUGCAACAGCUGCUCCAGCUGAAGCUACCGCUGUGCCACAGGAGGACAACCAUGUACCAAACUCAGAGGUGGCUGCUGCAGCUGAUCAACCUCAGGCUCGUUUUGGGUUUUGCCUCGACGGUUGGACAAAUUAUGGUGGCAGCUGCUACUAUCUAGGCAACAAUGCUGUUACCUGGAGAUAUGCUGAGAGCUUUUGUGCUGGCUUUGAUAGCAGUCUGGCCUCAGUCCAUAGCAUCUGGGAGUAUCAUUUCCUCCAGCGUAUGGCCAAGACUGGUGGUCACACCUUUGCCUGGAUCGGAGGUUACUACUUCCAGGGUAAGUGGAGUUGGGAAGAUGGCUCACGGUUUGACUAUCACAACUGGGGGACAACAAGCUCCACUGAUGCCUACCAGUGCCUACAGCUCAACUCUCAGGAGUCCAGAGGAUGGUCCAAUCAUGGCUGUCGCAUGCACUUCCCAUUCAUCUGUAAGCAGCGGUCAAACUGCUAGUCCCAGUGUUACUGCUGACCUCUACAGAUGACACUGAAGCUGCUGCUUGUCCUU